UCGAGCGUCAGAGCAGCCACAGCUCAAAAGAACUCAGCCUAUAGUACACCAAAAAGAAAAACAGAAAACCCAAAAUGUCGUCGCUACAAAUGUCCGAGAUGUCCAAGACCUAUCAGUACCGCAAGGUGAUGAAGCCCAUGCUGGAGAGGAAGCGUCGCGCCAGGAUCAACAAGUGCCUGGACGAGCUGAAGGAUCUGAUGGUGGCCACUCUGGAGUCCGAGGGCGAGCAUGUAACCCGGCUGGAGAAGGCCGACAUCCUGGAGCUGACCGUCACCCACUUGCAGAAGAUGAAGCAGCAGCGCCAGCACAAACGCGCUUCCGGCGACGAGAGCUUGACCCCGGCCGAGGGAUUCCGUUCCGGCUACAUUCAUGCCGUGAACGAGGUCUCCCGCUCCCUGUCCCAGCUGCCCGGCAUGAACGUCAGCCUGGGCACCCAGCUGAUGACCCACCUGGGUCAGCGCCUCAACCAGAUCCAGCCUGCCGAGAAGGCCCCUCUGCCCAUCACCGCGCCACUCUCCGUGCAGAUCGCCACCCGGGACGCCUACUCCGUGCCCAUCUCGCCGGUCUCCAGCUUCGCCGGCAGCCCCAACUCCAACGCCAGCUCGGCGGUCAGCCACUCCCUGCUGACCACCAUCGAUGUGACCAAGAUGGAGGACGACAGCGAGGACGAGGAGAACGUCUGGCGUCCCUGGUAGAGGAGUACCCACAGUACGCCCUCCACAAGAAAAGAACCCAGGAGAGAUUAUAGAAAGUAAAAGUCUUCCGAGUCGCUGGAAUCCCCCAGUUCCGACUCCCAACCUAGUUUUAAGCCAACACCCUACCAUACCACACCACACACACAAAGCUUUAGAAGAGGACGCGCAGUUCAUGUGAUAACUAAAUACAUAAUAAAUUAUAUAGCUAAAAUUGAAA